CCGCUGUCCUGAGCGCAGCGGACCUCCGCUCUGUCCGGUGACAGCGACGUCGCUCACUGCGGCUGCGGGCACCAGGUACCGUGCUCCCGGCGGGCCGGGGAUGCGAGCUGCACUCGCGACGACAGCAUGGCAGCCUCAGGGUGGGGCCGAGGAUGCGACAUCCUCAUCUUCUACAGCCCAGAUGGGGAGGAAUGGUGCCAGUACCUACAAGACCUUUUCGUGUCCUGCCGACAGGUCCGCAGCCAGAAGAUGCAGACAUACCGGCUGGCCCCGGAUGCCUCCUUCUCUGCCGAGGACCUGUGGGUCUUCCGGGAUGCACGAUGCGUUUUGGUGCUGCUGUCUGCGGGGCUGGUGGGAUGCUUCUGCCAGCAGGGACUGUUGCCGGUGCUGCAGCGCGCCUUCCACCCUCCGCAGCGCGUGGUGCGGCUGCUUUGCGGAGUGCAGCCCAGCGAUGAGGACUUCCAGGCCUUCUUUCCCGACUGGGCCCACUGGCAGGAGCUCACCUGUGAUGAUGAGCCGGAGACCUACCUGGCAGCCGUGAGGAAGGCCAUUUCUGAAGAUUCUGGCUGUGACUCGGUAACCGACACAGAGCCUGAGGACGAGAGAGCGCUUCCUUCCACAAAGCAGACAAACUUGCCUCCUGAGACCUCGCCUGGCAACCUGAUGGUGGUGCAGCCGGACCGAAUUCGCUGUGGGGCAGAAACUACUGUGUACAUCAUCGCGAGAUGCAAGCUGGAUGAGAGGGUGUCGACAGAAGCAGAGUUUUCGCCCGAGGACUCGCCCUCCGUCAGGGUGGAAGGCACGCUGGAGAAUGAGUACACGGUUUCGGUGAAGGCUCCAGCCCUCUCAUCUGGGAAUGUUUGUCUGAAGGUAUAUUCUGGAGACUUGGUGGUGUGUGAAACCACCAUCAGCUAUUACACUGACAUGGAGGAGAUCGGGAAUUUACUGUCCAGUGCUGCAAAUCCCGUGGAGUUUAUGUGUCAGGCCUUUAAAAUCGUGCCCUACAACACGGAGACACUUGAUAAACUGCUCACGGAGUCUCUGAAGAACAACAUCCCAGCAAGCGGACUGCACCUCUUUGGGAUCAACCAACUGGAAGAAGAAGAUAUGAUGACAAAUCAGAGGGAUGAAGAGCUGCCCACCCUCUUGCAUUUCGCUGCCAAGUAUGGACUGAAGAACCUCACGGCCUUGUUGCUCACCUGUCCAGGGGCUCUCCAGGCAUACAGUGUGGCCAACAAGCAGGGCCACUAUCCCAACACCAUCGCCGAGAAGCACGGCUUCCGGGACCUGCGCCAGUUCAUCGACGAGUAUGUGGAGACUGCGGACAUGCUAAAGAGUCACAUUAAAGAGGUGUUGAUGCACGGCGAGGAGGCUGAUGAUGUGUACGAGUCCAUGGCCCACCUGUCCACAGACCUGCUCAUGAAGUGCUCCCUCAACCCUGGCUGUGACGAGGAGCUGUAUGAGUCCAUGGCUGCCUUUGCCCCAGAAGCCACAGAAGACCUCUAUGUUGAGAUGCUUCAGGCCAGUGCAGGCCACCCUGUCUCUGGGGAAAGUUUCUCUCGGCCCACUAAGGACUCAAUGAUCCGCAAGUUUCUAGAAGGUAACAGCGUGAAGUCAGCCAGUUUGGAGAGAGAACAGCACCAUCCCCAUGGAGAAGAUCUUUAUCACACCGUGGAUGACGAUGAGACCUUUCCUGUGGACCUGGCCAACAGGCCCCCUGUCCCUGUGCCCAGGCCAGAGGCCGGUGUUCCUGGUCCUCACUUGGUGCCUGACAAUGAGCCAUACAUUUCUAAAGUUUUUGCAGAAAAAAGUCAGGAGCGGCUUGGGAAUUUUUAUGUUUCUUCAGAGAGCAUCAGAAAAGAGCCACCUGUGAGGCCAUGGAGGGACAGGCCCCCGUCGAGCAUCUAUGACCCUUUUGCUGGCAUGAAGACGCCAGGCCAGCGGCAGCUCAUCACCCUGCAGGAGCAGGUGAAGCUGGGCAUCGUCAACGUGGACGAGGCUGUGCUGCACUUCAAAGAGUGGCAACUCAACCAAAAGAAACGGUCCGAGUCCUUCCGCUUCCAACAGGAAAAUCUUAAAAGACUAAGAGACAGCAUCACUCGAAGACAGCGAGAGAAGCAAAAAUCAGGAAAGCAUGCAGAUCUGGAGAUCACAGUUCCAAUCCGGCAUUCGCAGCACCUGCCUGGGAAAGUGGAAUUUGGCGUGUAUGAGAGCGGCCCCAGGAAGAGUGUAUUCCCCGCCAGGACAGAGCUGAGACGUGGGGACUGGAAGACAGACAGCACGUCCAGCACAGCAAGCAGCACCAGUAACCGAUCGAGUACGCGGAGUCUCCUCAGCGUGAGCAGCGGGAUGGAGGGCGACAAUGAGGAUAAUGAAAUCCCUGAAAUUACUCGAAGUCGGAGCCCAGGUCCUGCCCAAGUGGACGGAGCCCCAGUUGUGACCGGAACACCAGCUGUGACCCUCGAGAGACCCCCUAGGGUGCCCCCUCGAGCUGCUUCACAGAGGCCUCCAAUCCGGGAGCCCUUCCAUCCUCCUCCACCCGUUCCACCGAGAGGUCGCUGAUUCUACCUCCGAGACCCAGCCCCCCUCAGGACUUUUAAGACUUGCAAUUUUCAGCCUGUUGAUGAAGUCUUCAUGUUGAGUGUUCUGCAUGACCACGGACCUUGAGAUCCACCGUCACUGCCGAUGUUGUAGCCCUGCUGGUUUGGGUGGUCCCUGAAGACGUUAUU